CUAUGAUGGAGGAGGUCGAGGAAAUAGCUAUAGUCGGUAUUGGCUGCCGCUUCCCCGGCGCCAAUAACAUCAAAGAAUUCUGGAAAGUUUUGGUGAAUGGAGAGAACCACGUAGAUGAGAUUCCAGGAGACAGAUGGAACCUGGACGCUAUCUAUGAUCCAGACCCGGACGCUUACGGGAAAACUUAUGUCCGUCGGGCGGGACUUUUGUCAAAACAUGACAUUUGGGACAAUGCUUUUUUCGGCAUUGCCGAAAAAGAGGCCUCAGAAAUGGACCCCCAGCAACGAUACGUUCUAGAAUGUGUACACAUGGCGUUGGAAGAUGGCGGGAUCACCCGUACAGAGCUGGAUGGUUCGCCAACGAGUGUGUAUAUCGGCGCCAUGAACAGUGAUUCAAAGACGUCUAAAGACGGGGACUAUUCACUGCUGACCAACUACUCCGUGACUGGGGACGCCGCCAGUAUCAUCACGGCACGCGUGUCGUACAACUACAACCUGCUUGGUCCUUCACUUACUAUUGACACCGCUUGUUCGUCGUCACUUGUGGCUGUCAAUCUGGCAACACAGUCUCUGAGAAUCGGUGAAUCGUCGAUGGCGAUAUGCGGCGGUGUCAACAGCAUUCUGUACCCAGACAUGUUUGUCACUCUGACGAAGGCCCGGAUGGCGUCACCUACCGGUCAGUGCCAAGCGUUCUCCGAUAAGGCCGACGGAUAUGCUCGUGGAGAGGGAUGUGGCAUUGUCAUACUAGAGAGACUGAGUGAUGCCCUGAAGAAUGGCAGACACAUAUGGGCGACCAUCCGUACUGGCUGCAACCAAGACGGUCAAACAGCAAAACCAAUCACCGCACCUUCCGAGGUCCAGCAGCAGCGACUUCUAGAGGAUAUAUAUUUACGUUCCUACAACAUUAACCCUAGUGAUGUCCAGUACAUCGAGGCUCAUGGUACCGGAACGCCCAUCGGUGAUCCCGUUGAGGUCAACAGUCUCGGAGGCUUCUUUAAAAAGUAUCCAAUAUAUAAUGAUGACGUAAAGCAACAAAGAUAUAUUGGGUCUGUCAAAACCAACAUUGGUCAUCUCGAAUCGGGAGCUGGAGCUGCAAGUCUUAUCAAGACUCUUUUGAUGAUGAAGCACGGACAAAUAGUACCAUCUCUCCAUUCACUUCCAAGAAACCCCAAGAUUGACUUCGAAAAUUAUGAACUCGACGUACCUACAUCCGUUCACUCAUGGCCUGCACUACAAGAUGGUUCAAGAGCUGCCUGCAUCAACUGUUUCGGAUUCGGUGGAACGAACAGUCACGCUUUUAUCAGAGAUUGGGUUGAAAAUUCGUCAAAUCCUGAAGUGAUAUCGGGAACUAAUGAAAAGUUGACAUGUGUUCCCAUUUCAGCAAAGUCUCCGACGUGUCUAAUAAAUACGAUGAAGCAUAUGGUUACGAGAUUAACAGAAGAGCCAUGUAACUUGAAACAAUUAGCAUACACUGCCUCGUGCAAACGAGAUCACCAUCGAUAUCGAAGAAUGUUUAUCGAGUCCAGUAUUACAGAUCUUAUCAAAAGUUGCAAUGAUGCGAUAGAGAUGAUAUCAAGUAGCACCAUUACACCUGGCAAGAAUUAUAGGAUAGUUUACGUGUUCUGUGGCGUUGGGACGGCAUGGACCAAAAUGGGAAUGGAACUUGUAGGAGAUUUUCCUGUAUUCGCCGACACACUGCGACGUAUUGAUACAUACCUGAUGCCUUUGACGGGAUGGUCGAUGAUGGACAAAAUACAAGAUGGAGCAGAAAUGGAGGAUCCCUUCAUUAGUCAUAUUGGAAUAUUUGCAUGCCAAGUUGGGCUGUCAGAGCUCUGGAAACACUGGGGCAUAUUUCCUGAUGCAAUUGUAGGACAGUCUGUAGGUGAGGUGGCCGCGGCCUACAGUAGCGGGGUACUGUCUCUAAGUGAUGCAGUUAAAGUUAUCUACCACAGAUCUAAAUUAUUGGCAGAAGCAUCAGGUGGCAGAAUGAUGGUGGUGAGAAAUGCAAGUACGGCAACAAUAGCGCAGAUAUGCGACAAGGUUGGUCAUGUUAAUAUCGCAGUCCAUAGCAGUCCAGUGGCUUGUACAAUAUCCGGCGGUAACACACAAGUAGAGGCAGUGAAAUCACUUAUACUAGAGGAUGCUAAGAAGGCGAAUGACAUACCAUUCUUACACGAUUUAAAAGUUGGCUGUGCUUAUCACAGUUACAAGGUAGAAAGGGCAGCCCAACACAUCAACGAAUGCUUGAAAGGAAUCACCGCUAAUGCACCAAACAUACCAAUAUUCUCCACCGUGACUGGGACAAUGGCAGACGACUUUGGAACACCGGAGUACUGGCAGCAAAAUGUUGCUAGACCAGUAAUGUUUCAUCAGGUACUUGAGCAAUCAACAAAAGAGAAGUCCACUUUAUUUUUGGAAAUCGGUCCUAAACCGGUUUUGAAAGCUCAUUUGAGUGAUAUAUUUAAAGAUGAAGAUGUCACAACCAUUCCCUCAAUGAAACUAAACAGUGGUUCAUCACAAGUGCAUACAACACUUAGCGGAUUGUACGCACUAGGUAUCAACCCCCACUGGGAAUCAAUUGUUGAGAAACACAAGUUGACAGACCUGCCGCAGUACCAGUUUGACGGCAAACAGCUGAUGGUAGAAUCGGACUACCGCUUCCUUAGAAAGCAAGGACUGAUUGACGAUUCCUCGGGUCGACAUCUUAUGUUGACACAAAAGGAAAAGGAAGGAGAAUUCAAGGUUAAUCUUAGUCCAAAUGCAACACCAUUUGUAUACGAUCACGUCAUCGACGACGCUGUUAUCAUCCCAGGUGCUGUUUAUAGUGAAGUGGCGUUUGAGCUUGGAAUGAACGUGAUGGGUAUAGCAGCGGAGAAUAUGCAUGUAGAGUACGAUAUCGUCAGAGCAAUUCCCUUGUCAAAAGGUAAGCCUUCCUCUCUUGAUAUGACAUCUGACAUCACAGAAACAAAAGAUGGCUUGACAAAUAUCACGUUCUCAAUUUCAAAGGACGCAAUAAUCGUCGCGAAGGGGUCUGUUACAAACAGAAACGAUACACAGAAGCAUAUCGUUCCUAUUGAAGAUGUAUGCAUACGAACUGGAAAAUAUAUGGAACGUGAAGAGAUUUACAGCGAGUUGUCAAAGUAUGGAUACAAAUACGGCCCUCCAGUCCAGGUUCUGGAAUCUAUUAUAUUUGAAAACAAUGAGUGCACUGGCUUUAUAAACCUCACUGAAGAGGUAGCCAGGCAAUUGAAUCAAACUUCUUUUCAUCCGGCUAUUUUAGACGCCAUGCUGCAUUCGAGUGCUCUCAAUUUCCUUACUAAUCAAAGGGACUCGUCUUACAAAAUAUACCCUAUCCGUGUUGGUUGCGUCUCCGUUCUAAGACCUUUUGACAAAAGAAUGGUCUGCUACACACAAACUAUACAGAAGGUAUAUGAUCGGAUCAUCACCAACAUUAUUCUCACUCGACUGGAUGGCGUGGUAUUGGCCGAGGUAAAGGAAAUCGAACACAGGACGAUGGAUGGUAGCAUCAGAGUAAACAAUCUUGCCUAUCACAUCACUUGGGCCGAGGAAGAUAUUUCUACAGUUAACUGCGAUUCGCGAGAUUUGAAUAAAAAUGUUACAAUAUGUUAUAACGACAUCGCCGUUCUCAAUACCCUGAGGAAUGUAUUUCCACUAGGAGACUCAUUCAAAGUGCAUGAUGUGGCCGACGACCCUACUUCCAUGAUUUCCUCAACGCAGAACAAGGAUGUCGAAAUGGUGAUAUUUGUUCCCGAUUCAAACCUUGUCCAAAACAGUAAAAGUAGCGAGGAGGUGUUUCAUAAUGUUACCGAAAACUGUCAGGCUUUCCUUAACGCCAUGAAGACACUAAAGGAAGUGGACAAAACCAUAAUAGUAGUUACUGAAAACACACAAUCAAACGAUUCUCGAGCAGAUGGCAAUAGAAAUGUUUUUGGUGCUGAAUUAUGGGGGUUUACCAGAUCUCUGCGACAGGAGGGAACCAAGUGUAAAAUUUUCCUCAUCGAUGUUCAACCUUCAGUUGAAUCUGAGGUGAAAACAUUAUACCAAACGAUUCAACUUCUUACUUCUGACCAGGAUACCUCAUUUACAGAAUGCCUCAUUGUUGACGGACAGUUGCACAGUAAUUUCCUUCAGCGGAGGCCUCAGAGUGGCCUACAGAACCAGCACAGAAUAUUAUCUACUGACAAACAGCUUGACCUUCAGUUACGGUCCACAGCAUCCGACAGAAUCGAUACACCUUUCCUGAUACCUGGGGAUCGCUCAUGUGAAACAGGAAAAAACGAAGUUCGCCUUAUGGUAGAGGAAGUAUGUAUCCACUCCCCUUCUGAUUUUUGCUUGACGGAGUUGGACUCCGGUCUCAACAAAUCACUUUGGUCUGAUUACAAAGAAGGAUAUCCAGUUAUUGGGUUGGAAUUCCUAGGAACCAUCAAUCCUUCAAAACAUUCCAACGAGAAAGCAAGGCGCAUGGUGGCAUGCUACCCAACAAGAAUUGCUAAUAGGAUAUCCGUACCAGAAUUAUGCGUGUGUGACCUAGCAAGCUUGCCAAUGUACACACCCGGACUUAUCAUUAAGUCCAUAUUGAUGUGGUCUAUCACGCAAAAGGUCAGACGCAAGUCUACAGUUUGUAUAGUGACGAACUCAAACCCGUCUGAUGAUGCAGCGGUUAGCCUUCUCCGUGACAUUUUAAAAACCGUAAAGCACUGCCAGGUUCAUAUAAUGUCAAUAGACGCAAUUGAAGAAAAUGAUGCUGAGAUUAAAUACAGCGUAUUCGUGGUACUAGAAAGACAUUCCAAAGCAAAGUUAGCAUGUAUCUUACGGCCAGGGAAUACCAUUGUCGGCUUCGACGAUGCUAUGUCGUGCGUGUCAAAUCAAGCUAUUCAGUUUAGCUCAAGUAAAAUAAGAAUACACGCCGUUAAAAAAAUAAACGUGCUCGAGGAAAGCAACAUUGUCAACACAUUUCCAAAAGUGAAACAUUGGCUAACACGUCGACGAAAACGACAAGACUUUUCUGAGAAUGCCCGCAACUCAAUGCUACUACAAACCCUUAAGCUGUCAAACGCAGAUAAUGGAGAAAAGGAAAAAAUGGACACGAAAGCAAUGGGAGACAAACUCAUCCACAAAAAUGCAGUGUAUGUGGUGAUCGGCGGGAUGACAGGUCUUGGAUGGGAAAUCGUGAAAUGGCUCGGUUGCAAAGGAGCUGGUGUUGUGGUUCCGCUAUCAAGAAAAGGUCGUGUUCCAGAGAUGAAUGGAAAACUCCAGAAUGCAAUGGACAUUCAUAAAUACAAAAUUGUACCAAUGAGUUGCAAUGUCGCGAACUAUGCUGAUGUUGAAAAAACUUUCUCGGCCAUCAAGACACAAUUCCCAAAUCAACCAAUCAAGGGCAUAUUCCAGGGAGCAGGAGUACUGAGAGAUACCCGCAUUGAAACGAUGACAAUGGAGAAGUUCAAAGAGGUACUGCAGCCUAAGGUUUUAGGUACAUGGAACCUACACCUUGUAUCAAAGGAUUUAAUUUUAGAUUUCUUUGUAAUGCAUUCCUCUACCACCUCUGUCUUUGGAAAUGCCGGUCAGACGAAUUACGGAGCUGCAAAUUCAUUCAUGGAUUCACUCGCCUUAUACCGAAGAUCAAAUAACCUGCCAGGACAGAGCAUCAAUUGGGGUGCAUUAUCGAUUGGUAUGGCUAGUGACGAAACUAUCCGAAGUAAUCUAGAAGCACAGGGAUAUUACGUGCUUGAAACAGACAAGAUUAAGGAAUGCCUUAUGGAUUCCCUUAUUAGAAAUCCUAGUCAAAUUGUUUACGGUUUGUUCGACUGGAACGUUAUAGGGAAAAACCCAGCAAUGAUGCGGACAUCAGCAUUUGACAAGGACGAAGCUGCUGUCGGCAAUAAGUCGGGACAAAGACGUGCUGAUAACGUCGUGCUCGACAUUUCAAAGUUCAUGGAUACACCUUUUGAUGAUCAGAGACAAACUCUCGCUCAGUUAUUAUUUAGCAGUGUAUCUAGAGUGUUGUCGAUCGAUGAGGGUGAACUUGAAGAAAAACAAAACCUUCUCGGACUUGGCAUGGAGUCACAGAAAGCAGUGGAGUUAAUUCAGGCGAUGAAGGAAGCAACCGGAUGUCGACUUCCAGUAGCAUAUAUCUUAUCUCCUGAUUACACCAUAGGAAUGCUCAUUGAUUUUGCACAUUCAAAUAUAAUUGAUAAUUUCAGUAAAGAAGAUAAUGGAAAAUUAGAAAAAAAAGAGGACGUGGAUGAAUCUCCAUCGUGGAUGGAAAAGUUCUAUAUAGACAUGAACGAACUCAAUUCGCAUGACCCAAGUGUUUGGUUCAGUAUUGAUUUCAAACUAGGGAUUGGCCUUUCAAAUCCCGAUGUAUGGCGUACUGUCCUGCGAUGGAUAACAAUUAGAAACCCAGAACUUAGAACAACGUAUCAUCUUACCAAUCAGAAUAUUCGGUUUGGAAUGAAAAGGACUACUUUGGAUCCAGAGGAUGCAAAGAUAGACAUGCGUGUUGUUGACACGGGCGAGAUAACCAAAGAGUGGACAGAUCAGGACAUUGCCAAAUACUGCACAUUCGACAUUACGGAGGACCCGCCUUUACGAGUUUUAUAUGGUAACUCUGGAAAGAAACAUCAUAUCAGGUUCAUCAUGAGUCACGUCACCUUCGACCUGCAAAGUUUCAUGACACUAUUACCACAGUUUCGGGUGGAUUUUCUGACGUAUUUCUAUAAGAAGGACAUCAAUGUUACACCUGUAGAGAUCCAGGAUAUAUCUGUACUGAUGGAAGAACGUCUGGAUGCAGACAGGUUUUUCCUUGAAGAUUUUUGGAAAGGAGAGCUGAAGAAGAUUGAAAGAGUAGCGUCACUUGCCGGAUCCAGGGCACCUGCACUCACAUCAGAAAAAACUGAAAAAGUAUCGCUGUUGUUACCAAGACAGCUAGUGGGCAAAAUCCUUACCAACGACCAUAACGUAACAGCAUCGAUUCUAAUUUUCAGUUUGUAUCAAAUUCUGCUACAUAGGAUGACAGGUACAACCUCCAUCCCGGUUGUACUGACAGUAGACAUGCGCCGACACUUUCCAGAGUUUAUUGAAAGGAUAUUUCUGGGCACCAACUACGUCCCCGUCAUAACGGAGUUCCGUGAUGUGCAUGCUACUCUCCGAGAACUUAUUUCAAUGUGCUCCAGCCAAGUGGCGCUGACUGGAACAGGCAGCCUAUAUCCAUUUCUGCUUAUCAAGCAAAAUGAAGCUUAUAUCGAGAACUGUUGCCGACAUUUCUUCAACGUCCGAGAAAUAGCGUUUCAUGGCGAUAGAAAUAAUCAGUUUGUCGACUACUCUAUGGACAAUGCUGGUUACAGUACAGAAUUUCUUAACGAAGUCGAAACGGCUUUGAAUGUAGUGACUGAUCGUCAAGCCGGAACGAUGGAAUUGGUGUUGAGUUACAAUCCAGCUAUAGUAAGUCCGUCGGCAGCAAAGAGUAUGGUCGACGAUCUCUUGCUAUUGGCCUGUGUGAGUGUGACGUCAUCAGAUUUUCAGCUGGACGAAAUACCGUUCGAGUCCUGUGUAUCCUACGUUUCAGACAAGAUGGACAAAUAUUUGUCAACAGUAAAGUUUUUAAAGGAGACAUCAAACGGCUGGGAGCACCCGGCACAUUUGAAAGUGGAUAUGGACAGAAAAGUACCUCAAAUAACAUGGAGGAAUCCAGACAAAAAGGAUAAGUUACGUAGCAAAAUCCCUGUUCCGUCUGUGCUUCACGUAGACAUUGGUAAAAUAUAUGAUUCCUGGUGCCUUAUUAUUCAGACAGCAAAGAGACAGUACUGCUUCAAGGCUUCCGACUACCCCAUGGUCCAAGCCUGGAGAGCGAGAAUCAGGAAAUUGUUGUCAAGGAACAAAGGAAAGACGGAAGAAAUUGUACCACUGAUAGGACAUGGUAAUAUAACUCACGAGGCAUACGCGACGUAACCAAAUAUAGAAAGCGAAUUCGACACAUUACUUAUAUUUAAGAAAGGGAAAGGACCAAACAAUUUGCCAGAUGACAUUGGUAAAAAAAGGGGAGAAAAUAAUUCAAAUGUUUUCAAAACCUUACAGGAUAUAUACUAUUUCUUGAUUCAGAGCGGGUGACAAUCUCGGAAUGAUAGUACGUAUAUCAUUAUUAUUCAAUUCCGACCGAGAGUAAAUAUAAUCGACUGACAACAUGAACCAACUGUUGCAUACUUUAUGAUGUUACUCCCUCAAAAACUAAACCUCUGUUUUUUAUUUAAAAAAAUUUAAAUUAAAUAAAUGAUCCUUUGCAUCUCGAAGAAAUAGCUAUCUUUCCCCGCAUCUAUAUUGCGUAUGUCACUUUAUGUCUUGUAAUCAAUUACUUUUCUGGAUCUGUUAUUUUGUUUGUGUUAACUACACAUACAUGACUUCUAUACCGAGGUGUCAUAAAAUAUAUUUGGAGAAACAAUGCAUAUGAUUUAUCAUGUUACAUACAUAUUGACAUCACAAGAACGAGAUAGAGGCAUGUUUAAGGGCUGUGACCCCACAAAUGUCUCUGGAAAGAGGACUGAGGUAAAACGGAAAGAAUUUUACCAUGAAAGGGAGGGUAGUGAUAAAAUAUGGCUGAGUAUCAGAAUUAGAGGCGAAUAGCCUAAUAGAAGCUUCUUAAACCAAACAAGAUUUAUUUUUCAUAUAUUUGUGUAUAUUAUUUUUAUAUUCACAUAUGUACCGAUACGGUAAACAUGUAUAGUAAACAUGGUACAUAUAGAUAGAGUGUUGGUAACGAAGAUAAAGUGUUUAAGUUCACGUACAAUAUACGUAAAUUAAUAAUACACUGGCUAUGUAUUGCAUGUUUACCUUUAUUGACUCAUUAUGGGUAGUAUGUUUACCUGAUCUGACUCACUAAUUCAAGAAUGUUUACCUGUACUGACUCACUAUGGGUAGUAUGUUUACCUGUACUGAAACACUAAUUAUAGUAUGUUUACCUGUACUG